AUGGCUAUGGCGUCGCCUGCGAAGCUGGACUCGGAUCCAGCGCAUGUAUGGAAGCAGGACUCCAUUGAGGAGCGAAUCUUCGCCGCCGCGCUGGUGUGUCUCGAGGGUCACUACAUGCAGUCGCCCGUCAUGGGACCUCAGUCCAUCACCAAAGUCAUGAGCAUCAUCUCAAAAACCCUCGAGAAGACACACACCUUCAAGGAUGUGAGAGAAGUACUAUCUAAGAACCUGAGGGUCUGGAUAUGGCUGCGGAGGGCCAUCUCCGCAGCCAUAUGUGAUCUCAAUGAGAAGUCGCUGGGGGUGCGAUCAGAACCGCAUGUGCCAACCAAGUUCAUCGAUAUCACCACUCCAGAAGUCACCGCUCUGAUCAUCAAGAACUAUGCGCCCCUCAAAGAAGCAUUGCAGAUGCUCAACAAGCUCAUGCACAUUGCACGGAACUUGCUCGUCAUCACCAACCCCGAGGUGCCGCAGGACUUGUCAGCAGCCAUUAGAUUCGAUCACGAGGUCUACGAAGCAAUAUGUCUCUGUGUCAAUGUCACCAGCAAGGGCAUCGAUGGCGAAAUGCCAGAAGAUGAUGCCUCGAGGGUGAAACUCAACGAGAUCACCGAGCUCUACAAGAAGGUCCUGGUGACUUCCCUGCAGCAAGCCCACAACUGGAUCGCCAAAAACGACCGGAAUAAGACGAUGUUCUGGUACAAGGUGUUGAUCGAGUCCCCAGACGUUGAAACCUGUCAUGAUACAGUCACUCGGCAUGAAGGUGUCCUAGAAUGCGUGGGUCCCAGGUUUAAGUCGCUGCGAGACGAGAUAUCCAACUGGCUCAAGUUGAAUUCGAAGAUGUGCCUUACUGCGACAAAGAUAUGUAAGGAGUAUUUCAUGGCUAAAGUCAAUGCUCAAGAAGACGCGACGAACAACCCAUGGUUAUCCUACUAUGACAACAACCUCGCCUGGAAUUGGGACCCCCUACAUAGCGUCGAGCGUCACGGAACACACAACUUCAGACACAAAUACCCGGAUGAUUGGCAUCCAGAUGACGACGUCAAGUUCACCCAGGACAAAAACUACCGCCGUGUAUCCCAUGAACUUGAUGAAUGGUGGGAUGCCGCACGCUGCCCGAACCGGACCAACCCAGGCAAUAGGAUAUACCCGAUCGACUUUGUUCCUGGUCGGAUUAAGGAGUGUGAAGCAAACCUCAUGCAACGCUAUGCCGCAGCCGAACCCCCAGAUGAUCCAGGCGAACCAGGCGAUCCAGGCGAACCAGGUGAUCCGGGCGAUCCAGGUGAUCCAGGUGAUCCAGGUGAUCCAGGUGACCCGGUCGAUGCGGUCGAGCAGGGCAUGGACGAAGGCCACAACCACGAAUGGCAAAACCUAGCACCACAGGCGACUCCGAAUUUCGCGCCAGAAUAUGACGAGUACGAAGAGGAAGCCGACGACGACGACUCCUACGGGGAGGGGCCAAUGACUGGUCUACUCACCGAAGUACCCAACAUCCUGGAUCCUAAGCAGAUCGAGGCGUUGCAUAUGAUUGUCAAGUCCUGCAUUCUAGAUUCAGCAGGAUCAGGCGGAAGCAUAUGGGGUGAGAACCUACAGCAGACGCGAUGCCGUAUUUUCCUUGCUACGGAUUGUGGCAAGAAUCUCUUCAGGGAGAUGCUUGUUUUCAUCGCAGUAUGGGAGAAGGACGAGCAGUCUCUCAUUUUCCAGAUCAGCAGCCAGAUUGUCCAGGCUAUUCACGAUAGCGCCCUCAUAGAAUACGCCUGGAACGCGAUCCGGAGCCCGAAGGACAUCAUCUCACCAGCGCAGACCGUCCUACUUCGUCUCAUCACCUACCUCUCCCGCACGGCCUUCUUCCCGUCUAAGAACUACAAACCCAUCCCUGACCCGGUCGAGACCGAGGAUUGGGAUGAGCUCCUGUUGGAUGAAGUCCAUCGCCUCAGGUCGAUGCUCAACUUCUUCUGUGGCAUCUUCCGCAGCCGCAUCGUACCGGAAUGUGUCGCCUUGAUGCAAAUCCAGGGCGAGGUCCGCAAGAACCGACUAGACCCGGCGGAUUUCCCGGUAGACAAUUGGGACCUCGAACGGGCGAAGGAUGGCCUGGUCCAGUACCUCGAUUUCCUCUACACCAUCGCCGAUAUCCAUCCUCUCCGUCAACACCUCAUCGAGUACGAGACCGUCUACGAACUACUCAAGCUCCUCGAGGGCCUCGACGUCGGCGUCGAAAAGGCUCCCUUCGCAGGCGCCCGCCGCAACAACGUCCCCCCGACACCCUCCACCUCAACAUCGACCCCGCAAACCUCCUCUUCAUCCCACCCCCCUCCACCGCCGCCUCCGCCUCCUCCCCUCUCCGACCCGCCCCACGAGUUCCCCUGGUCCGGCAUCAAAGGUCAGGUCCUCUCGAUCCUGGCCGCCCUCCUGCAGCCGCCGCCGGGCCAGUCCUCGCCCGGCAACCCGACGGUGCAGAUGCAGAUCGUGCAGCACAACGGCAUCGUGGCGCUGCUCAACUGUUGCUUGUACGACGACAACAACCGCUUCUGCCGCGAGCGCACGCAGCUGUGCCUCAAGUGGCUGAUGGACGGCUCGCCCGACGCCUCGGCCUUCCUGCAGAACCUGGUCAACGCGAACCAGGGGCCCGCGACGCGCCCGCCCGCCGGCGCCGGGAGCGUCACGCAGACGGUGCGCGUCGACGGCGUGCCCGGUGAGGUCAAGGUCCAGGUGCGGAGCUCAAGCGCGCCGGCUGGCGAGGUGGGCGAGGUCGGUGGCAGCAGCAGUAACAGCGGUGGUGGUUUAAGCGCGGGUGCCGGUCCCAGUACCAGUACCAGUACCAAUGCCAGUGCCGGAGCUGGGAGUCUGAGUCUUCGGACGAGGUUAGAGGAGAACAAGAGCCGGAGCGAGGAGCUGGUCAAUGACCUCCUGGCUCUGACGAUCGUGGACGAGGCGGGGCGGCUGGCGGACGCGCGGGACGAUGACGAGACCGAGGAUGACGAGUUUAUGUGA